AUGCUAUUCAAAAAUAAAUUUAAUACAUUUUUUGAGAUAGUAAGAUCUCAUGCAUACUACGCUUAAGGAAUAGGUUUGAUAAUUACAAAAAAGCUGAAUGAUAAAGAAACUGAUAAAUUAUGUUAAGAUUUACUUACAUUUCAAAAUAACUAAAAACUAAUUCUAGAAUUGAUAGGAUGUGGUCUUAAAAACUAAAUUUUGGCUUCUAUAAGUACAGUCUUGUUAAAAUUUUAGAAUCUAGAAUACCUCUUUAUUGAUAUUUCACACAACGAAAUAGAUUCAUAAGGAUUAUCUGCUUUUACUUCUAGUCUACAAAAUUUAUCUAAUUUAAAAUCUUUAAAAAUUAUAUCAAGGCAUAAUAAGCUAAGCUUAACUUGCAUGAUUUUGCAAUUAUAAAAAUUGAAGUAGCUUACAAUUCUAGAUAUAGAUUUAUAACACAGUUAAGCUAAAGAUCAUGGAAAUAGUCUUUAAGGCUAAUCUUUUUAGAAUUUGAACAAUUUAAACACUUUGAUUCUUAAAUUUGGUUAGUUUGAUGAAUAGUUUCUUGUAAAAUUUGGCUCUACUAUAUCAUAACAGUCAAAUCUUCAAAAUUUAUCACUUUUUUUAAGCAAUCAACGCAUAGGUAACUAGACUGCACAAAAACUUUGCUCUGCUUUAGUAAAAUGCAAAAGUUUAUAAUAUAUUUGCUUAGAAUUUGAAUCCAAUUAAAUAGGAAUAAGUGGUGCACCUUAAUUAGGAUCAAAUCUAUCAAAAUGCGCCAACCUUACAAAAAUAAUUCUUGGUUUAAAAAACAAUAAAAUACGAGAUAAAGGUCCUUUAGGUUUAGGUAUAUAAUUAUCAAAUAUAAGGAAUCUUUAAACCUUACAGCUUGACAUAAGCAAAAAUAAGAUGAAGGAUUUUGGUCUACUUGGAUUAGUUUAAAGCUUAUCAAUAUGUGAAAAUCUAGUUGAUUUGUCUCUUAAUUUGGAACAUAAUAAAAUCACUAUAAAUGGAAUUGUCAGCUUAUGUUAAGCUCUAUCAAAUUAUAAGAAAUUGCAAAAUCUCUGCCUUUGUAUGAAUUUUUACAAAAUUAAUGAUGAUUGCAUUUCUGAUAUGAGUUUAGCUUUUGCUAAUUAUAAAGCUCUCAAAAAUUUAACACUAGAAUUAAAGUAUAAUUAAAUAGGAAUUUAAGGUUUAUAUAAUUUAGGUACCUCUUUAUCAAACUGCUAACAUCUUUCAACCCUUAAUCUUAAUCUUUUCAAUAGCAAAAUAAAAUUUACAGGAAUUUAGAAGUUUUUUAAUAUUUUGAAGAUUUUUAAGAGUAUUAAUGUGAUUGAAAUAGAUUUUAGAAAAUACUAAGCAGACUACACGUUUUUAGAAAUAUAAAUCUAAAAAAAUUUAUUCUAAAAAUCAAAGAAAAAACUAUAAAAGUGUUUAAGACUUGUAUAAUAUUCAAUACUUUCUUGA